AUGACUGGAGGGUUCACCGUAGCUCCAUCCUUUGCUCUCCAGUCCCACAAGAUGGGUUCCUUCCGAAGGCCCCGACCUCGCUUCAUGAGCUCCCCGGUCCUCAGUGACCUGCCACGCUUCCAUGCAGCCCGCCAGGCCCUGCAGCUGAGCUCCAACUCUGCCUGGAACAGUGUUCAAACAGCAGUGAUCAAUGUGUUCAAAGGGGGAGGCCUGCAGAACAAUGAGCUUUAUACCCUCAACGAAAAUAUCAGACGGCUGCUGAAGAGUGAACUGGGAUCCUUCAUCACAGAUUACUUUCAGAACCAGCUCCUUGCCAAAGGCUUGCUGUUUGUAGAGGAGAAGGUUAAGCUGUGUGAAGGUGAGGAUCGCAUUGAUGUCCUGUCUGAAAUCUGGGAUCACUAUUUUACAGAGACUCUCCCUACACUCCAGGCAAUAUUCUACCCAGUCCAGGGUCAGGAGCUGACGAUCCGUCAGAUUGCUCUCCUUGGCUUCAGGGACUUGGUCCUGCUGAAAGUGAAGUUGGAAGAAAUUCUCCCCUUGGUGCAGACAAAGCUCCCAGCUUCCAUUGUCCAGAUGCUGUUGAUUCUGCAGAGUGUCCAUGAACCUAGCGGCCCCACCGAGGGCUACCUGCAGCUGGAAGAGCUGGUCAAGCAGGUGGUCUCCCCAUACCUGGGCCUGUGUGAGGAUCACAGCUUCUCUGGUAGCACCUGCUUGCUUGGUAAGAUAUGCAGUGCCACACCAAUUUCCUGUUGGUACCGGCGGCACUCCAGGUCCCGCCCGAAGCCCGGGGCGCUGAAUUACUCGUCCCUGGCGGUGGCCAGCAGGCAGCCCGGCGAGAUGCCCCUGACCCCGCUGACGGAGCAGGAGGGGGAGGCCUACCUGGAGAAGUGCGGCAGCGUCCGGCGCCACACGGUGGCCAACGCUCACUCGGACAUCCAGCUGCUGGCCGUGGCCUCCAUGCUGCACACAGCAAUGGUGGCCGAGGAGGCCGACAGCCCCGACAAACGCCUGCUCUUGCCCCCCAGCCUGAGCCACAGGCAGUGCUCCAGCGAGCCCAGCAUCGCUGAUGGGCCAGAGGCAGCGGUGGCAGCGGGCAGGCAGGAGCCUGCAGAGCUGAGCUGCACCUCCGUCAGCUAG